UGCAGCUAUAAUUCCAUCUCCUUAUUCUACUCCUGGGAAGCUGUUUGGCAACUUGUACGCCUCUUCGGAAGGCAAAGGGCGCGCAUUUGGGAUGCUGUGCUGCUGUCACCCAUGUUCAUCACAUGUGACAGUACUGACAUUAUCCAGACCUCACAGGAUCCCAGAAUCAUGAUACAGGAAGAGUUUUCCAAGACCAUCAAUUUCUGACUCUCUUGAAGGUUUUAAAGACAUUGAUCCUGAAAGGUUCAUGACUUGUCCAGGGAAAUUCAGUUUGUUUAUGACAUAGUCAAGAGGAAAACAUUUCUCUCUCCCACAGCUGACCCCCAGUUCUCUACACUCUCCCAAGAGCCACAGAAAAUGGACACACCUCAGGCCUCAGUGUCCUUCAAGGACGUGUCUGUGGAGCUCACCAAGGAGGAGUGGCAGCAGAUGGACUCAACUCAGAGGGCCCUCUACAGAGAUGUGAUGCUGGAGACCUACAGCCACCUCGUCUCCGUGGGGUACUGCUUUACAAAACCAGAACUGAUCUUCACGUUGGAACAAGGUGGAGAUCCAUGGUUAUUAGAGAAAGAAUUUCUAAGCAGAAGCUCCCCAGAAGAAUCCCAACUUGAUGAACUCUCAGAGAAGAGCCCAGAAAACCAAGGCAAACAUUUGUGGCAAGUUUUAUUCACCAAAAAGUCAUUGAUUACAAAGCAAGGAAGUUCAGGAAAACCAUGUAACUUAAACAUAAACAUUUUUCCUGCAAGAACAAUGCCAUAUAGAUAUGAUGCUACAGCGCCUACUUACUUGCAUCUCAGCUCGUUGACCCCACAUUGUCAAUAUUCAAGAAAGAAGGCUCAUGAGCUUAAUGUAUGUGAUAAAUGGCUCCUUGGUAUUAAGGAUGACAGAACUAAUACUGGACAGAAAUCUGUUGUUUACAGUACAAACGUAAAAGCCUUUGGUCAUAAAGAGGAAGUUAUUCAGCAUCAGACAGUUCAGACUUUACAGCAAGCUUUUAAAUAUAAUGAAUGUGGGAAAGCUUUCCUUGAAAAGAGUGCCCUAAUUACAUCUAAUAGCACCAACCUAAAAGUGAAAUCUUAUCAACUUAAUAAAUUUGGGGAAAAUCAAUGUGAUAAAUUAACCCCUGUGGUCUCUCAGAGCAGUCAUCCAGAAAAGAGUCACUAUGCGUUUAAUGGAUAUGAAUGUACUGAAAACAGAAAUAAAUUCAAUAGGAUCACUCAGAGAACUGACAUAAAAGGGAAAUCUUUCAGCCCAAAAUCACAUAUUAGAGAACAUCAGAAAAUUCAGAUAGGUGUGAGACCCUUUGAAUAUGGAAAGAAUUUCAGCCAUAAUUCUGCCCUCUUGGUGCUUCAGAGAACUGACACAACAGACAGAUCCUCUGAUUAUGACACAUGGAUAGACACAUUGAGUUACCAGUCAGCUUUCAACAUACACCAUAGAACUCACAUAACAGUGAAACCCUAUGAGUGUAAUGAAUGUGGGAAAUCCUGCUCUGUGAAGUCAUGCCUGAUUCAGCCUCAGAAAAGUCACACAGGGGAGAAACGCUAUGAAUGUCUUGAAUGUGGAAAAGCUUUCAGUGAGAAAUCACGCCUAAGAAAACAUGAGAGAACUCACACAGGAGAGAAACCUUAUAAAUGUGAUGGGUGUGAGAAAGCUUUCAGUGCAAAGUCAGGCCUAAGAAUACAUCAGAGAACUCACACAGGGGAAAAACCCUUUCAAUGUAAUGAGUGUGGGAAAUCUUUCAAUUAUAAGUCAAUCCUUAUAGUACAUCAGAGAACUCACACAGGAGAGAAACCCUUUGAAUGUAAUGAAUGUGGAAAAUCUUUCAGCCAUAUGUCAGGCCUAAGGAAUCAUCGGAGAACUCACACAGGUGAAAGACCAUAUAAAUGUGAUGAAUGUGGGAAGGCUUUCAAACUGAAGUCAGGUCUAAGAAAACAUCUUAGAACUCACACAGGAGAGAAGCCCUAUAAAUGUAAUCAAUGUGGGAAAGCUUUUGGUCAGAAAUCACAACUCAGAGGACAUCAUAGAAUCCACACAGGGGAGAAACCCUAUAAAUGUAAUCAUUGUGGGGAAGCUUUCAGCCAGAAGUCAAACCUUAGAGUACAUCAUAGAACUCACACUGGGGAAAAACCCUAUAAAUGUGAUGACUGUGGAAAAACUUUCAGGCAGAAAUCAAAUCUCAGAGGACACCAGAGAACUCACACAGGUGAGAAACCCUAUGAAUGUAAUGAAUGUGGAAAAGCUUUCAGCGAGAAGUCAGUCCUAAGAAAACAUCAGAGAACUCACACAGGAGAGAAACCCUAUAAUUGUAACCACUGUGGAGAAGCUUUCAGCCAGAAAUCAAACCUCAGGGUACAUCAGAGAACUCACACAGGGGAGAAGCCCUAUAAAUGUGAUACAUGUGGGAAAACUUUCAGCCAAAAAUCAACCCUUAGAGAACAUCAGAAAGCCCAUAUAGGGAAUUAAACAUGAAUGUAAAGAAUAUGGAAAAACUCUGAGCCAGAAGUCAAAUCUAACAAUACAAAAGAGAACACAAGAAGAGACUCCAGGAAUAUAAUGAACACUUGAAAGUACCUCUGCAAAAUACACCUUCAUUAAACGUCAGAGAACUUACACAGGAGACAAAUUCUUGGAAUAUAUUUUAUAUGGCUAGUCUUUCGUCCAGAGUACAGACUUCACUGUAGAUCACAGAACUCACCCAACAAAAAAAAAACUAUAAGGAUAAUGAAUAUAAGAGAUAUUCAGGGCACUCAAUCCUCAGAAAACUCACAAUGCAGGAAAACUCUGGGAAUGUAAUAAAAAUAUGAAAACUUUGUGCCAGCAGUCAAAACUCAUUCAUCAAUGGAGAAAUCAUACAGUGAGAAAACUGAGAAUGUAAUAAAUGUUUGAUAACCUUUAGCCAAAAACCAGCUUUCUUAGAACAGCAAAAAAGUACAUAGAGUGUAGAGCCCUCAUACUAUAUCAACACAGACAAGAAAUGAGGUAAUGGAUGUGGGAAAUCCUUCUAUAGUAAGUCAUCCCUCAAUUUGACUUACACAGGGGUAAUCCUCUAUAUGUCAGUCAUAGAAUGACUAUUAAUUGUUCACCAAUAACCAUUUCCUCUUCUCCCUCAUGCCACACCUAGUCUAAAUUUCUGAACCACUCUAUCAUCCCAAUGGGGUCAUGUUAUUAACCUCUGGCUAGUGGAAUGUGGGGGUCAAUGACAAGUCUCAUUAGAUACAGCCCUCAAAUUCAGUGUUUUCUCCUAUCCCUUACCAGAAUGGAGUGGUAAUUACCCUCAGUGAAACUGUGGGGCUCAUGCACUGAAGAAUACACGAUGGAAGAAACACAAAGAGUGACUGUGGAAUAGUAUUCUCUCCAUUUACACAAUUAGACUUUUUGUAAGGACAAAAUAAACUUGUUCUCUGCUGAGCUCCUAUAGGUUUGGGUAUACUUAACAGUGACAUAUGUUUGCCAACCCUCAAUUAACAAAGCCUAUGAGUAUGAUUUCUGUGAACCUCAGAACUCAAUAUAUUUUGGAAACAUCUCAUAGGAGAAACUCAUGACAAUAUAUUAUAUGAGCAUGGUUUUUAUCCACAACUCUUCUUCAUAAGUCAGGUAAUAUCAGGAGGAUAAAUCCAACAUUUCAACAUAUGUGGGAAAUCAUUUUCCAAAAAAUGGUAUCAUUAAAUAUCUGAUAAUUGAGUUGUGAAUAUGUGAAAGUUUUCAACAAGUCAUCAAACUUUAAUAUCUCUCAGAGUGUAUUACAAGAGGGGAAAUCUAUUAAUUUGAGAAAAGGAGGUAAUAGCCUUUACCUAGAAAUUCUAUAUCAAAACUAUUAUUUCAUAUGUAAUAUUAAAACAUUUAAUGAUAUAUAACAAUAUUAACUUGUAGAUAUUCACUAGAAUAAGAAGCUUUAAAAGAACAAGAAAUAAAUUCCAUAAACUGAACAGCAUUGAAGUAUGUGACUAUUUUCUGAGUUCUCUACUGUUUAUCUGUGUGAGUUUAUAUACAUGCAUGCCACUUAAGACAUAUUUUAUAUUUGUAUUGAAACUCAACAUUGUAAUGGAAUUAUGUACCCCUUAUGUAGUAGUAACUAUGCUGACAUCAACUACAAUUUGCCACAUGUAUAUUAAUAACAAAUAAACCUUUCAUACAAAGCA